AAAAAUGCUCUACUGCUUAUUAGUAUCUUUUCCGCAAAAUAAGUAUGUUUCAUAUUCAUUAAAACGAUGGUUCUGAUUCAAAUGUUGCAUUAACAUAAACAAUUGCAAACACCUGACCAGAAGACGAAGAACUGGAACACAAGUGAUGACGAAUCCCUUACCACAUACCAGAUUUAUGCACGUGGUACCAUCAGUUGUGUUUUAUUCGAAAGUGGUACUUGAACACACAUUAACAUUGCAAUAGUCAAUCUAAGUGCAAACCUAGAUCAUUUCGAAGAAUUGUGAUUGAUAUUUUUACAAUGAGCAACACAAAAUAAAAUAUGGCUCUUGGAAGAAGAAUGGACCGAUGCGGCAAUUUAAUUAAAUACAGUUUAUUUAUUGUAAACUGCUUAGUUUUUAUCGGAGGUCUAUGUGCAUUGGGAUUUGGCAUUUGGAUAGUUGUCGAUAAAUCCUUUGCUAACGAACUCUUAGGUACUAAUUUAUAUGGAGGUGCUUCAUGGAUUAUGAUAAUAACCGGAACUACUGCUGCCUUUUUGGCAGGAGUAGGAUGUACAGGUGCGAUCAAAGAAAUAAGAUGUCUUCUCUUUACGUAUAUGAUCUGUCUUUCCUUCAUAUUGGUGACCAUGUUAGUGGGCGGCAUCAUCGGAUACGUCUUCAGAGAAAAAGCAGAGCUGACUGUACGGAACGGUAUGACCUCAUCACUCAGAGCUUAUGGAAAUUAUCACCCUGUUACAAUUGCUUGGGAUGAGACUCAGCAAAGACUGAAAUGUUGUGGAAUUGAUAGCUAUCGUGAUUGGAAAGGGUACAUUCCAGAAUCUUGCUGCAAACCAACGGCACAUGGAAGGCUUCAAAAAUGCCAGAAUGUAGAGGAGUUGAAUGAACAUGUGGCUUAUUUAGAUGGUUGUUUGAAAGCUACUAAGCAUUAUGUGAAAGAAUAUGCUUUGGUUAUCGGUACAACUUGCACAAUAAUUUCUCUGAUGAUGUUAUUCGGAAUUAUAUUCUCUUUCUUAUUGUUUAGAAUAAUUGAAUGAAAGCAACCAGGUAAGGUUUUGUAUAAUAUUCAUAUAUUUUAAAAAAAUUCAUGUUAUAGAAAUUAUAUAUUUUUCAAUAAAAUAAUUACUAUUUUCAA